AACAUUCUGGCAACGCUGCGCGGGAUUGACAAAAAAAACAAUGCCCUGCCAGGAAUUUCGAAGCAGCGGAAAACUGAAUAAAAAAGCGAUAAACUAGACUGAAGGAAAAGCGGAAAAUGGCCAGGAACACGGGCAGCUCCUCGGGCUCCACGCCGGCGUCGGCAGCGGCAGCGGCGGCAGCAGCGGCUUCAAAUGCCAAACAGAAACGCAAUCCCGGUUUCAGUUUGUCCUCCAAUCUGAUCCUUGACAAGUGGAAAACGAUGAUUGGAUGCGUGUGCCUGGCGAUAGCCUCGUACUUUGGCUAUCUGGGCUACCUGGAGACGCGGGUGAACACGCCCUUUGACCACCAGAAGAUGGUGGUGCAUGCCGGUCUGGAGCAGCCGGAUCGGUAUUGGGGCUCCUACAGGCCACUCAACUACUUUGGAAUGAAGACGCGUGAUCCACAUUCGCUGGUCAUGGGCCUGAUGUGGUACACACCGAGUAAUCUUGGGCCGGGUGGCCAGGGCAUUCGGCAUUGGUGCGAGCAGGGCGACAAGCUGGACUCCUACGGAUGGACACAUCACGAUGGCCGAAGCUUUGGCGUCCAGGAGAUCCAGGAUCUGCCCUUCGAGCUGAAGACCUCGUUCGUGAAGUACCCGGAGGGCAAGCAGUACGGCGGCGAUUGGACGGCCCGCAUAUCGGUGAGGAAUACGACGCGCGCCUGGGACAAGAGCAUCUCGCUGAUCUGGUAUGUGGCCCUUGAUGAGCGCACCAAUGGGCACAUCAAGUACGUGUCGGAUGACAAGAGCCCGGAGCCGGGCGUCUACGGUGAGACGCAGGGCCUGGGCGAGUUUCAGGUGCGUUUCCAUGCCGUCAAGGGCAAGAUCCUGCACAAAUCGUACCUCAGCACGGUGGCCCCAUCGCUGGCCAAGCUCAAGGACACGCUCUUCUCGCACUUUCGCGCCUUUGCCGACAAGCGGGGCAAUCGCUUUAUCGGCCUGCCCGGCGAGAUAGUCUCCCAGAAUGGUCUGCCAUCCAACAAUCCCGAGCCGAACUUCAUAGCCAUACAGAUCACGGCCGAGGUGGACUUCACGCUGGACAUCACAUACCAGUCGACGUCUGGAUUUUCCCUGGGCGAAUCCAUACCCAAGCCGCCGACGGGCCGUGCCUAUCAGGAUUCGUUGCAGGCCAAGAUCGUCCAGUUCGAGCAGCGUUUCGAGGAGCGCUUCCGGCUAAAGCAGAAGGGUCACUCCCCGGAGGAGGUGAGAUUCGCGCGCAACGCCUUCAGCAACACGCUCGGUGGCAUUGGCUACUUCUACGGCUCCAGUCGGGUGCAAUCGGUGCACACCAAGAACCCAGUGCCCUACUGGAAGGCUCCGCUCUACACGGCCGUGCCAUCGCGCAGCUUCUUCCCCAGGGGCUUCCUGUGGGACGAGGGCUUCCACGGCCUGCUGAUCAGCGCCUGGGAUGUGGACAUCGAGCUGGACAUCAUAUGCCAUUGGUUCGAUCUGCUCAACGUGGAGGGCUGGAUCCCGCGGGAGCAGAUCCUGGGCGUGGAGGCACUGGCCAAGGUCCCCGAGGAGUUUGUCACGCAGCGCAACAGCAAUGCCAAUCCGCCGACCUUCUUCCUUACGCUCCGGAAGCUGCUGACCACCCAUCGGGCGGAGUUGUCCCAAAACGGACGGCUGGCCACGCUGGAGCGGCUGUAUCCGCGCAUGCAGGCCUGGUUCAACUGGUACAACACCACGCAGAAGGGUGAGCUGCUGGGCACUUACUUGUGGCGCGGCAGGAAUGCCACAACCAUGCGCGAACUGAACCCCAAGAGCUUGUCCUCCGGCCUCGACGACUAUCCGCGGGCCUCGCAUCCCACGGACAGGGAGCGCCACCUGGACCUGCGCUGUUGGAUUGCCCUGGCCGCCAGUGUGAUGGCCGAGUUGUCCACUCUGCUGGGCAAAGACGAUGUCAAGUACUAUGAGACGGCCUCCUAUUUGACGGACAACGAGCAGCUGAAUCGCCUGCACUUGGCACCCUACAGCGAACAGUACUCGGAUUGGGGUCUGCACACGGACCAGGUGAAACUGAAGCGUCCGCCGGCUCUGGCGCCGCAGCAGCAGCAGCGGCAUCAGUACCAGCAGCAGCAACAGCAACCCGAAAUGCGGCGCGUGGUUGGUGAGGUGCCCACCUAUCAGUUCGUGGACAGCGCGUUUGGCUAUGUCAGUCUGUUUCCGCUGCUGCUGGAGCAACUGGAUCACGAUUCGCCGUAUCUGACCAAGCUGCUGCACGAUCUUCGCGAUCCCGAACAGCUGUGGACCAAAUACGGCCUGCGUUCGCUCUCCAAGCGAUCGCCGCUGUACAUGAAGCGCAACACGGAGCACGAUCCACCGUAUUGGCGUGGACCCAUCUGGAUUAAUAUUAACUAUCUGGCCGCCAAGGCUCUGCAUCACUAUGGCAAAAUCGAUGGGCCGAAUGCCUCAUUGGCGCGCCAGAUUUACGCCGAACUGCGCGACAAUCUGGUGGGCAACAUCUUCCGGGAGUACCAGCGCAGUGGCUAUUUGUGGGAGCAGUACGACGACACCACCGGCCAGGGCAAGGGCUGCAAUCUCUUCUCCGGCUGGACGGCCACCGUUGUCCUCCUGAUGGCCGAGCAGUUCUAGACUGCCUCUUGCCUCUCGAAGAAGAAAAAAAAAUAAAUAAAUCUGCUGUGAGUUCCUCAACGAACAUCCCUGCCCGGAUUCCUGAAAUGAUCUAAUUGUUUGUGUUUAGGAUAGAUGGGUUUUCUUUGACCCAAUAAACGCUACACAAUAAUUUGCUUUGAAUUUAGCAAACUGAUAUUUUUGUCAAUUAAGAAAGGCUUUUUAAUUUGUACAAUGCAUCUCACCCUAAUGGAUUUUCAAUGUAAAAUUUAGCUCUUACUUCUUUUAAAUAUGUACCAGGUGUAAUGCUUUUAAAAUAAUGUAUUUUUAGCGAUUCUGUGUCAUAGAAAACUCAGCUAUCCUUAUGUAGACUACUGUAAUUGCGCGUGUACUCCUUAGAAAUUCCAGUCUCUAGUUGCUGUACAAUACUUAAGAAACUUUGACAAACAAACCGAGUGAAAAAAUGAAGUAAAUGGAAGGUCAUUUUAGCGUUAAAUAGACGAAUUUUAAAAUUAUAACAAAUAUAUACUAAAAAAAGUAA